CGAAAAGGUCGAUCAUCAGAAGGGCGAUAAAAAAUUUAAAUCGCUAAUUUUUCUAGGCAUCUAAAGGUGGUGGUGGGAACGAGGACUUAAACGAGUCAUCGUUCCCAUUGGUUCUAUGUUAAUUAUAAAAAAUAUAAGCUUUGAUGCGGUUAGUUUAAUUUUUAAUUCGUAGUACAACUCGUGUCUGAAAAAGCAAACAAACACGACUGGAUUAAUGGUGAUGAUUUGAGCUAAUGGUAAGUAAAAUAUGACCUAAGAUGGUACCUGGAAAACUCUGGCUUGGAGAGUUAUAAAUCAUAAUUAAAACUUGAAUACAAGCAUACAUUUACAAUAAAUUGGUGUAACAACUAAAUAUGGUUCUACUGUAUCACUCGUAUGAAUUAUCAUGGGGGUCUAUUCUAUUUGUCCUCGAACGAAAAUUCGGAACAAUUCGAAUAUUUCUUAUAAUUUUGAUAAAAUCGUAUCAAACAGGCAAAGUCAGGCCAUACCUCUAAUUUUUUUUCUAGUUUUUUUAAAUUUAAAAAGAAAACAAAAAAAUAUUUUUCAUUUUCAAGUCAAGUCUUCAGGUAUCGUGUUAAAUUUUACGAGUAGCACAAAUAAGUAUUAUACUGUCCUUGGUCAGGUACCGGGGAGGUGUUACUGAAUCAAGUGUUCGAGUGGGUGAUACAGACGUACCAGUCCGUGCGGUCAUCCAGCGAGGGUCGGCUGGAGUUGUGUUCGUUGCUCGCUUCCUUCGGCAAUCUGCCCUGGAAUGAGCACCAGUGGCUGCAGCCGUCUGGGCUUCAAGCUUUGCUUCAAGUAACUAUCCUUUUAUAACUCGUACGAAUUAACAUAUCACAUGAGGAGUUGUUUUCACAUGUCACAUUUUUAACACGUUCUUACAAUAGGUGAUGACGACGGUAUUACAAUCAGCGCGCUUAUUUUAAAUUUAUGUUUAGUUUUAUGUUAGUUUUAGUAAUAAGAUAUUUUAUUAUUGUGUAUGUGCCACACAGUGAUCUUUUGUUUCUAUACUCCAUUCAUUAUAACAUUAGAAAAAAGAGGAUCUCAGAACCAGCAGUGCAGAACAUUUUAUUUACAACAUAAAUUUAAAAAAUAUUUAUUAUAUUUUUGUUGAAAUUUUGAACUUUAGGUAGUCUGAAAGAGUUGGGCAAUUUUACAUUUUCUCGGGGUUGAGAUGAGACUAGCAUUUUCUAAAUUCAUCUUUUACUGAGAGCCAACAUGGAAAUAAAACUAUCUAUCAGUUUUUUUGAUUGAUUCUAAUUGUAAGUGUAUAUAAUUAGAAUAUAAUUUAAUAUGCCCAGAAAAUAAAGGUAAACAAAAUGAAUGUUUUAUUAUUACUGUUAUAACAUUUAUUCAAAUAUUAUUAGACAAUUGAUUAAGACUGGAAAAACUUGCUGAAAUGUCAAAGGUAAUUGUUGUAGGCCACUCGGGCCUGCACCAGAAUCGCAGUUUAGCAAAACUUAACAACAAAAAGCUAGCAACUAAAACAAAACUAUAAGAAAACAACAAUAAAACAGUAAUUACUCAAUCACCGAAAAUGGCAAAACAACAAGAAAGGCAGUAGCAUUCACAAUGAAUGACAAUCCGAGAUUACGUAUUUUGACUAUUAUGAAUAAAUCAUAAUCUGACUAAAUUAAAAAGAUAGAUAGAUGAUGAUCCGGUAAUGACAUGUAUUUUUGUUAACCGUUAUAAGACGCGUUGAACGAGUGGUAGGAAAAAAAUUGGGAUGAUUCAAAAGUUUGAAAGGAAAGUAUGAUGCAGGUAAGCCAGUCGGGUGAUGAAGACGUGUUAUGCUGGUGCGCGCGUUGCUGCGGGGGUCUGCUAGCGGGGGCGUGGCUGCGGGGGGCGUGGCUGGGGCAAGGGGCGGGGCCCGGGCAGGGGGCCGAGCCAGGGGAGGCGUUCGCCACUAGACUCGCCGCCCUGCUGUACCUGUGGACCGCUACCACGCUACCCGCUACACAACAGACGUUGGAGAGGGCGUGCAAUUUGUGGUGGGAGCGGCUGCCAGUGCCCGCAUUGGAGGACGCGCUCGAGAGAUUCUUUCAACUGAACUACGGUCUAUCAACACCUUACCACGAUCUGCCACAAUUCAAGUACGUAUUUAAAAAUGUCUUGUAUUUAUUACAAUUUUAUACCUAACUUACUAAACUGGCGGCACGCUAUGAUGGCCGUUUUGAUAUAUUACAAUAGUGAUGUGGAAUGUCAAUUUAUUCUCGAACAAAAAAACAAAUAAGUUUUGUUUUUGUACCUGAUUAAAUAAGUUUAAUAAAACAAAAAUGUAAAUGUUUAUUUAAUAUAUUUGAACGAACUGAAUAUUUGAAUGAAAAUGAAUAUACAUACUUUAUAUGCACAAAAGAAACAUAUGAAUACAAAAGAUACCAAAAAAAGUGCCACAAAAGGCCAUAUUUAAUCAGAUUCGUCCAUACUACUAUUUUCACUGUCGUCACUGCUAUCAUCACGUACAUUAAUUAUAAGUUCGUUUUCUAUAAUAUUAUCUAUUUUCACAUGUCUUUCAUAAUCUUCCCUUAUUAAUUUAACAAUUCUAUUGACAACCUUUUCCCAGUCUCCUUUAGUCACAUGUUCAUAAGCUUCUUCUAAUAAUUUUAGCAUUUUUUUUUUGUGGUAAAUGGGGGUUCUGUAUUGUGUCUUGCAGCAUAUCCCUUAAUUUGAGCCCACACCAACUCAAU